AUGGGAAAAAUAAAGAAAGUCUAUGAUAAUAUCGAGGUGAAGAAUCAUUUUAAAAGCCAUGCUUGGAUCACUGUUUCACAGUCCUUUGAUCUCAAAGAGCUUCUCAAAGACUUAAUUCAACAACUCUUUAAUGAAGUCAAGAAGCUGGCACCUCAAAUAUUGGAAUCCAUGGACAACAAUAAUCUGAAGGCACAACUCAAGGAUUUCCUCCAACCUAGAAGGAAACCGGAUCCUCAAAGAUUGGAAGCCAUAGACAACAAUAACCUGAAGGCACAACUCAAGGACUUCCUCCAACAAAGAAGGUACGUGAUUGUUCUCGAUGAUGUGUGGAGUAUAAAUGCAUGGGAUGCCUUAAAAUAUGCAUUGCCUGAUAACAAUUGUGGCAGUCGAAUACUGCUCAUAACACGCAUUGGUAGUGUAGCUUCAACCUCUAGCAUAGAAUCCCAUGGUAACAUCUAUGCUAUGAAGGCAUUGUCGCCAAAAGAGUCUUGGAUUCUAUUUUGUUGGAAGACCUUCCAAGAAAAAUACUGCCCUCCACAUUUAGAGGAACUUUCACAAAGUAUCUUGGAAAAAUGUGUGGGCUUGCCCCUUGCAAUUGUGGCAAUUGGUGGUGUUUUGGCUACCAAAGACAAGAAUAGAAUGGAUGAAUGGGAAAUGGUUAUGCGCAGCCUUGGUGCAGAAUUGGAAGGAAGAGAUAAACUUGAGAAGGAUUAUCAUAUUAAGAUAAUGAAAUUGAUUCGGCUAUGGACUGCGGAAGGAUUUGUGGAAGCGAAAGAAGGGAUGACUUCAGAAGAAGUUGCUGAAGGCUACCUUAAUGAGCUUGUUAAUAGAAGCUUGGUCCAAGUGGCAAUGAUAUGUUACGAUGGAAGGCUUAGAAGGUCUCGCAUCCAUGACCUUUUCCGUGAGAUUAUUAUUUCAAAGUCAAUAGAACAAAGCAUUGUAGCGAUCGUUAGUGAAGAAAACACAAGGUGGCCGGAAAAAGUUUUGGACCUGAGAGGUGCUUCUUUAGAGACAGUUCCAAAUGAAGUAGCCAAAUUAUUUCAUCUACGGUAUUUAAGCUUGAAGAGAAUUGACAUGAUAGGUGACAUGGCACAACUACUAGCACCGUUGCAGAAUAUGUCUGACGUUGCACCAAUGCUCACAUGUCAGAUUCACCACGUUAAAGGCAUAUGUGAGCGCAUGAUGACUACUGAUGGUGCGUAA